AAAAAGAAAAAAGAAAAAAGAAAAACGAAAAAAAGAAAAAUUGCGAUAAGCUAAAGUACGCAGAGUGAGCGGUAUAUUUUAGAAGAGUCCACUAGUUCUUGCGAAUUACAUACAUAGCCAGUACGCAUAACACGGUUCCUCCUCUGACCGCUCUUCUACUGUCUGAUCUGAGGAUCCUUCAUUCAUUGCUUGACGAAAGAGAGUGCAACGGAAACAAAGAAGAAAAUGGGGAUGCGAUUCGAUCUGUUCUUCUUAUCAAUCGCUAUACUCUGCGGACCUGUCCUGUCAGAUCUGGUCCUCUCCAAGGUUGAUCGAAGAAUUGAUUUGACAACGCAAACUGUACGCAUGACUUCGUCUUUGAAGGUGGAAAAUUCUGGAACUGAUCCAGUGUCAGAGGUUUUAUUGGUCUUUCCUGAGCACCAGUUAAAGAACUUGGCAUAUUUGAUGGCAAUAACUAAUGAAGGGAAAGGGAAGACAAAAGUUUCUACUGGCAGCCUUCCUUUUGAUGUUGUCCAUCCCGAAGGGAUGCCCCUGGGACUGACUGUGUAUUCAGUAUCUUUACCCCGGGGACUUGGUAAGGGAGAAAGCUUGAUUCUGGAUGUUAUCACUGCAUUCACCCAUGCGUUGCAGCCAUUUCCUGAAAAAAUUACUCAAGCAGAAACUCAGCUUGUUGUGUUCCAGGAUAGUGCACAGUUUCUCUCUCCUUAUGCAGUCAAAGUCCAGUCACUUAGUGUUAAAUUGCCGGAACCAAAGGUUGAAUCUUAUACAAAACUAGAGAAUACUAAGGUUUCUGGCUCUGAGAUUAAAUAUGGGCCCUAUGAGAAUCUUCCUUCUUUCUCAUAUUCACCCAUAGUAAUUCAUUUUGAAAGCAAGCAGCCCUUUGCAGUUGCUAGAGAGUUGGUACGAGAGCUAGAAAUUUCCCACUGGGGCAAUGUGCAGGUCACGGAGCAUUAUAACCUUAUACAUGGAGGUGCUGAAAUUAAGGGGGAAUUUUCCAGGCUGGACUAUCAGGCCAGGCCCAGCAUAAGAGGUGCAUAUGCACUUAAGCAUCUUUUUGCUAAAUUGCCUCCAAGAGCUCACUCUGUUUACUAUAGGGAUGAAAUUGGCAAUAUUUCAACAUCUCAUUUAUGGGGUGAUUCUAAGAAGACACAACUUCAAAUUGAACCUAGGUAUCCAAUGUUUGGUGGUUGGAAUACCUCUUUCACCAUUGGAUAUGGCUUGCCACUUAAGGACUUUUUGUUUCAGUCAGAUGGAAAACGGUUCCUAAAUAUCUCUUUUGGUUGUCCGAUAAAUGAGGUGGUCAUUGACAAUCUCAUUGUGAAGGUUGUUCUGCCUGAGGGGUCAAGUGAUAUUUCUGUUUCUGUUCCGUUUCCUGUGAAACAGUGGCAAGAGACAAAAUUUUCUCACUUGGAUAUGGUUGGUAGACCAGUAAUUGUGCUGGAAAAGACAAAUGCUGUGCAGGAGCAUAAUCAGCAUUUCCAGGUCUAUUAUAAGUUCAGCAACAUUUCAUUGCUUAUGGAACCAUUCAUGUUGAUAUCUGGAUUUUUCUUUCUUUUUGUUGCAUGCAUCAUAUAUAUGCAUGCUGACAUGACAAUAUCGAAGUCUUCUGCUUCUUAUGUGGCAAGGCUGCAGUGGGAUGAGGUACAAGCAACUAUUCAGCAGGUUCAAAAUAUCAUCAACCGAUGUUUAACAAUCCAUGAUAAGCUAGAAGCAUCUUUACGUGAACUGUCUAGGACUGGGGAUGUUCAAGCUUGUAAAGCAGCUCGCAAAGCAGCUGAUGGUUAUUUGAAAGAACUUUCAAAAGAGUUGAAGCCUUUGCUGUCAUUCUUGCAAUCUUCUCCGCAAGCUGCACAAAUAUUGCCCAAGGUAGAGGAGCUGGUUGCAAAGGAGAGAGAACUUCAAGAGAGGCUGAUGUUAAAACACUCUGCAGUGGUGGACAGUUACGAGAAAAAAUCUGGGGGGCGGGAAAUUGAGAACCGGGUUGCUUCGAUCCAGCAGAAAAUUACAGUUCUGAGGCAAGAGGUUGAUGAUCUUCUUGAAGUCAUUGAUGAGAUCUAAGUAGUGGAUAAAUUUAGUAAGUUCCUAAGUGAUUCAACCACCUUGGUAACAUUUGUUGAGUAAUGCUUGGGCCAGAAUUUUGUUGUGAUUUGUUUGAGGAACAUCCUGAUUAUCCGACUUUAAUACUUAAACGUUUUUUUUUUUAAUUUUUUUUAUGUUACAGUAGAUGUAACUUUUACAAAAUUGUUUCUCCAACUAAUUCAAUGUACAUACUAACUGGGUGAUUUUCUA